AUGCAAGGUACAACACCAGAAAACAUAAAUGAGAUCAAAACAUUGAUUCAUCAGAUUGAACAAGAUUUAACUCAUAUUCGAUUUAAUUUUCAUCCUCUUAUUAUUGACGAAAAUCUGAUUGUUCAAUUCUCGCAAGAUCUUUUACCUUGUGUAUCUUCACAUCGAAUGAUUAAACUGACUACCUAUUCAUAUGCUGUCUUGGCUAGCAAUACAAAACAUCUAUUAGUACAUCGAGAUCCCAAUUUGUGCUUACUCGAUCGACAAUUAACUAUUAUCAAGCAAACGCCAUGGCCUCUUGAUAUUUCUGAUAUAUGUUGGUCAUCAACACUUGAUCGUUUUAUUGUGGUCAAUCGCAAAUAUGUUUUCACACUAGAUGAAAAAACAAUGCUUCUUGAACAUUAUUUACCAUUGGAUUCGGUCAACUGGAAGAAUGUUACAUGUUCAGAUACUAGACUCUUCUUAUCAACAGAAGGAACUGGAUCGUCGAUCUUUGAAUAUACUCUCAUGAUAUUCAGUACGUUUUACAAAGAGUGGAAGUCACCUGUUACAUGCACAACGGAUGAAUGGAUUGAAGAUCUUAAGUUUAACAAUGGCUUUCUAGGUUUAAUCAUAAAUUGUUGUACAAAGAAUAACAGUCGUCUUGAACUUCGAUCAUUAGCAAUGCUUCAAUGUCUUUGGUCAAUUCAGCUCGAAGAAGUCUGUUCAAUUUAUCCGAUUCGUUGUUGUCCAAUAAUUGAUAAUCAAUGGAUAGUAGUUGCCUGCCAGAAGCCUCGAAUCUUUCACAUUUCUACGGAUGGAAAACUUAUUAAAAUCGACAAGAAAUGUCGAUCGCCUUCGAAUAUCUGCCAAUUUGGAAAUGAUUUGCUUGCCAUAUGGGAUCAAAAUUGUAUCUAUUUGCAAAAUCUUUGUUAA